CGAUUAUGACUGAUCAUCAUUUGCACGAGUCAGGAAAUGAUGGAGUGUGCAAAUGCCGCCCAUCAGCAGCUGCUCAAACGCUCGACGAGAUGGAUUUUGAGAGAGGAAUCUGGACAGCAGCUCUCUACAAUGAUCUGGAUCGCCUGGAAAGUGCCAUAAGAAGAGGAGCUACAAAUGAUAGGGACAAUUCCGGCUAUACAGCUCUCCAUUAUGCCGCACGGGCUGGUCAUUUGAAGGCCUGCCGAUUGCUCCUUUCAGCUGGAGCGGAUGUCAAUUGCGUGACAAACGGAGGUGUAACUCCACUGCAUCGGGCCUCAAUGAUGGGCAGAGUGGAAAUUGUGGAGUUUCUGUGUGAGAAAGGAGCUCUAGUGGAUGCUAGAGAUUCCGAUGGACAGAAUGCCCUUCACAGGGCUGCUCAGGGAGCACACAUGCAAACUGCAAAAGUUCUUAUGAGCAGAAUGGCCUCCCUGAAGAAUGUCCGUGAUAACAGAGGAAGAUUUCCAAUUGAUUUGAUUGGCAGCAAAGGGGAUUUGGAUGAGAGGGUUAAGAAAAUGCUGAUACCAGAUUCAUUGGAAGAAGAAUAAAUGUAAAGAAAAAUCCCUCCGUUGAGAGUCUCAUUUCGCAAUAUUCAGAGGCAAUUUAAUCUAUAAUAAUUGUUACAAUGAAAUUACAUUUUAAAAUACAGAGUUUUUCUUUGUGACUUUCAAAUAAAU